CCUCCCUAUAUCAUACCUUACCCUUACGCGUGAGACUAUCGGGGCGGGGGCAGGCGAAUCCCCCCAAAAAGUGACGUGACUCAGUGCUCCAAUACACAAUGUGUGUUUGACAGCCGGAGAUUCUCAUGUUAAAUGAAUAAUUGAGGCAUCACUUGGCAAGUCAAGCAUGCCCAAUGGUGUAGAAAAAUAAUAAAAAUCGAAAGAGUAAUUAAGAUUAAGUGAUAAUUAAAAUUAAUAUGGGAGAAUGGUUAUACACGGGAUUAUUUAUCUACUCCUCGUACUGCCAGGAUGGCAGGUGGCACUGGGGCUGGAAGAAAUUAGGACUGUUGAAGUUGACAUUGGACAGAAUUUAACUGUUGCCUGUGCUAAUGACGAUGUGUCACAGCAUCCUGGCAAUAAUACCAACGUCAUGUGGGUCAGAGAGGGAAGGGAGGACAAACAGUUUCAGAGAAUGAAAAUCGGGUCUAAUAAGGCCUUGCAACUGGUCAAUGUCAGCGCUGAGGAUACUGGAAAUUAUUUUUGCACACUGGAUAAUGACAGUGGAGCGAAGAAGAUGAGGAUCAGUUUACAAGUUAAAACCCCACCACCAGCCCUCCACAACGUAUGGGUCAAGCCAUCCACAAUAUUGGCCAAUAUUCUCUGGGAGGUGAACGGAACUGGUGGUUACCCAAUUAUUGACUUCACUGCCGAAUACCGUUUAAAGCCACCCCCGGGGAGAGAGCCUGAGAAUUGGAAACCUAUUAUUCCAACGCACAUACCACCGAACUCUAGACAAAUCGAUGUUUACCAUUUGGAGCCAAAUACAACGUAUUUAUUUCGCGUUUGGGCGACCAACCGGCUUGGUCGUGGUAAAAUUGUCGAGGUCGAGGGACACACACAUUAUUCAGACGAGGAUAAAGAGCUUGCCAAGCAUCUUUUGGCAGGAGUUGAAAAUUUCGACACUCGAAUAUGGGUAGCAGCUGUAGCUAUUGUUAUGGGAACACUAAUGGUCCUCGGUUUAGGUACCUGUUAUCUCCUAUAUCGUGAGUGGAAAAUACCCUCGCAGCUGGAGGAACAGGAAGUCAUUGAACUCGUACCAAAUAUCAUAUUAAAUCCGGGAUUUUUUGACGAAAGAAGUGAGCGCAUACCACAGGAUGAAAAUUAUAACACCCACACAACAACUCGAUUGAAUAAUAAUACUGUUAUUCUCCCGAGACGUCUCUAGCGAUCAUUUGUUCGAACGAAAUAGCUCGUUGUUGCGAUUUAACUGAACGAAUAAUUUUCAGUUAAUAACAAUUGAGUAAUAAUGUUUUUAAUUCAUGGGCCCUCGACGAUGGGGAGAACGAAGGAGGGCAAUUUUUUAAUGAAUUGCUGAUUGUUUUAACAAUCAAAGUGUUCAAAAAAUUUGGGAAAAACAAGACUUUUUGCUAAUUGACGUCGAUUUUUUUAUUUUGAUAAAAAAAGAUAACACAAAUGUUGAUCAACGGUCGCUUACGGCGGGGGGAGAAUCGACCAGUUUGUUGAUUGUCGACUGCAUUUUUUAAUUGAUAUAAAUAUGUUUAUGGUUAUUGUGAAAAUUGUGUGGAAGAGGAGGGUGGGAUUUUUCGGGGGAAAAUUCAUUGAGAAAGACUGCAAGUGUUUAAGGAUUUUGGAGAUCAUCUGAGGAUAAAAUUAAUCGGAUAUUUAUCGAGUAUACUCAAUUUUUCCAUGACAUUAACUCAAUGUUUUUUUUAUUGAAUCAAAUAAAUUCAAAAUGCUGGAUAUGGGGUUAAUCGAGUAUGCGCUUUUGCUCUCGUCAUUGGACAGGAAUUAAUAUUGGAGGGAAAUAAUGUCUGAGGACAUUUAAUGAAAUCCAUUUAGACACAAAAUGAUGGCUGAUUUUCCAAUAAUUUUGAGUGUUUAUUCAUCAAUUAGUUUAUAAAAUUAUUCAAAUUUCCCUGUGAUGGAAGGAGCAUCAAUAUUUUUGUUACCUCAAUUUUUUCUAUCGUCAAGAUAUUUCUGUAGAUGCUGUCACAAAAUUUUAAUCACGAAUCACUCACAAGAAAAUAUUUUCAACGUGAAAAGGGGAAACAAAAAUUAAAUUCAUAAUUUUUCAUUGAUUUUCCUUGAAUGAAGAGUUAAUUAUAAAAAUCUAUUCGACAAGAAUCGAUUAAUUAGUUUGAGUAUUAACGAAUUAAUAAAGAAAUAAAAUGCUUCAAAACCGAGUAGAAUAAUUCUACACACUUCCAUGCUUGUUAUCAGUUUAAAAAAUAAGAAAGAUUGCCAUUAAAAUGCUUUUAACGCAGCCUUAAGGAAGCACUAAGAGCUAAUAAACGAAUGCCUGCACAAUUUCAUGUUAUUAACGAGUUGAUAUUCAAUAAUAAUAAUAAUAUCUAAGGAAACUGCAUUUUGCUUGAUAAAUGUGAAGAGUAAUCACAGUAUUCAGACCAUUUAUGGGAAACGAAGGUAUUUUUGAUGGAAUUUGAUUCUGGGUGGGGCAUAUCAAAAUGGCUCAGUUCGAAAACAUUUCAAUCACAAUAAAAAAAAAGUAAGAGAACAUUUCUAAAUAAAUAUUAACGUGAGUGACGUCUGGAGGUGUGCAGAGUUCGAAGACAUGUUAAACACGAGAACAAAUUUUUUUUUUGUAUUUGUUAGCCCUCACAAGACAUUCCUAGGAUUUUGUUAUAUUUUUCUACGUUUUUUUUUUGUUGAAAUUUUAUUUGAUAGACUCCAAAGACUAGUUUAAUUUCGGUAUCUAAUAGCUUUAUAAGUAAAUAAACCGAUGAAUCAAUUUUUACAUGGUUGUAACGAAAAAUUGGUUGUUUUAGAAGCUUAAGAAAAUAGUUGAGGCAAUUAAUGAGAGGGAAUUUAAGCUUCGUACUGUGCACUCUGUGUUGUGAAUGGUAUUUAGCACUUGGCUAAUUCGUUAAAAAUAAGAAUUUGAGGUGCAUUGAAUGAGUAAUAAAUCAUUGAUGAUAAUAACAACAUAAAUUAAUCUAUAUUUAUAUAGUCGAAGGAAUAUCGUAAUAUUUUAGUGAUAAGAAAAAAAAUGGACAAUUUUUUAUAUACGAAAUUGAUGGAAAUAACAAAUUAUAUAUAACACUGGUGCAAUAUUUAUCUACAUUUAUUAUGAAAUUUCGAGUGUAUCAGGUGUAUUUGGAGAGAAAUAUUUGUGCUUGGUAGUCAUUGCUUUGAAAGGCCCGUUAUUAUCACUGUUCACUGUGGAGGAUGUUAUCGAUCGUUUUAUCGAGUCUUCAGUAUUUCUAUUGUUAUUCUUUUUGAUGGUGGGAAUUCAGGAAAAUCUCAAUAACAAAGAGAAUUGACAAAUUAUUCUGGACUCGGAGAAAAGAAAAAUAUGAAUAAUGCGUAGAAUUUUUUUUUCCGUGACUCAGCAUAAACUUUAAAAUUGAUCCAAUGGGUUGAGCUAAUUGACCAAAUUCAAUAGCGAAGUGGUAAAAUUAGAUAAGUCUACUUCUUACUAGCGAAAUGGUAAAACGAGAUAAGUUGACUCAUCUCUGACUUGGGUUUCUUAACGAUAUCUUCGAAUCUUACAGAGAUAGCGGAAUUGUUGUCAGACCAUUUGUCGUAAAUCGCAAUUCGCUCUAUAAAAAAGGUACUAUAUAACAUUUGGCUAUCUCUCCCAGAUUCUGAGAUAUUCAUCAGAAACCGGUCAGUAGUCAGGAGUGACUUAUCUCGUUUUACCACUUUGCUCAUGUUGGUUCUGAGUUUUUGAACAAUAUCUUCGAAUCUAACAGAAAUAGCGAAAUUUUUGUCACUACAUUUCUUAUAGUACUCAAUUCGCUCCACAAAAAAGGUUCCAAUAAACAUUUCGCUAUCUCCCUUAGAUUCUGAGAUAUUCAUGAAAAACUGGUCAAUAGUCAAAAGUGACUUAUCUCGUUUUAUCACUUCGCUACUGAAUUUAUUCGGUUAUUUCUUUGGCAUAGCGUUCGAAUUAUAUUGGGCUUAUAUUCUUGUAUUACAUUUGACAUUCCCAAAUUUUAUUAGUGAGACCGUAAUAUCCAAGUUCGUACCUGGAGUUCUACCGAUUGAUUUCCUUAGAUAAUCAUUUAGUUAACUAUUAAUCCAUUUUUUUAUGAUUGAGGUGAUAUUUUGCGACAUUAUUCCAGAUUUUAGUGGCUACGAUUUACUAUUUGCUUGAUUUAUCCUGUGAAUAAAUUGUAGGCACAUAUCAGAAAUUGCUAAAAAACAUGAUAAAUUAAAAAACAGGAAACAAACAAUGUCAUGUGUGUCGUAAGAAGAAUAGCCUCAGCGCGAUAGCCCGGUUGUGACGUUGCAACGCAGAUUAAUGAGGAAAAAUCACUGAGUAAUUGAGGAGUUGUUUAAUGGCAAUAUUAGUUGAAUCCCUGAGUUGUGAGUAGUCGAUAAUGUAAGUGUGAUUAAUUGUUAAGUCUACUAUUUACACUGUAUUAAUGUAGCAUUGUAUACAGCCAGUGUAUUUUUAAUGAUAUUAAAGAAAUGGUAAUACUCGA